CCGGUGGUCGACCUGAUGGCCCUGCGCGCCCUGGCCCGCGGGUGCGGGGCCCUCAGGGCGGGCCCUGCUCCCCGACGACGGCCGCCCGUCGCUCAGGUGGUGAACGAUGCCACGCUCCCGCCUCCCCCAGCUGGCUCGCUGUUUCCCUGCCGCCUGCUCCUCACCUCUGAGGCUCUCGGUGCCAACUUCGUGUCCUGGAAGACCCGUACCAAGUACACCAUCCGGCCAGUGAAGAUGAGGAAAUCUGGAGGCCGAGACCAUACAGGCCGCAUCUCCGUACACGGCAUCGGUGGGGGCCACAAGCAGCGUUACCGGAUGAUCGAUUUCCUCCGACUACGGCCUGAGGCCAGUAACUCUCCGGGGGCCUUUGAGGAGAAGGUCUUCUCUGUCCGCUACGAUCCCUGCAGGUCAGCAAAUAUCGCCUUGGUGGCUGGAGGCAAUUGGAAACGCUGGAUCGUCGCCACAGAAAACAUGCAGGAAGGAGACAUAAUAAAGACCUCAAACACAAUUGGCCGUAUGGCAGUGGCCGCCCGGGAGGGUGACGCACAUCCCCUGGGGGCGUUGCCCAUCGGGACGCUGAUCCACAACCUGGAGAGUGAGCCGGGCCGCGGAGCCCAGUACAUCCGGGCCGCAGGGACUUGUGGUGUGUUGCUGCGCAAGGUGAACGGCACAGCCAUCGUCCAGCUGCCCUCCAAGAGACAGAUGCAGGUGCUGGAGACGUGCAUGGCCACCGUGGGCCGGGUGUCCAACGUGGACCACAACCAGCGGAUCAUCGGCAAGGCGGGCCGCAACCGGUGGCUGGGCAAGAGGCCGAGCAGCGGGCUGUGGCACCGCAAGGGCGGCUGGGCCGGGCGGAAGAUCCGGCCCCUGCCGCCCAUGAAGAGCUACGUCAGGGCCCCCUCAGCCGCCGCCAUUGCCCGGCCCCCUCAAUAAAAGACGACGGCCUUCCA